UUAUUCGUAUAGUCGACUCCGACCGACCAGUAUGUUGGAUUUGUUGGAUUUGUUGGAUUUGUUGGAUUUGUUUGAUACCAAGAGGGAAGAGUUUUGUACCAAGAUUCCGCAACAGGGCGCCAGCCAAGGACAUGAGGCUCGAUAUAAAUCAUUCCACAUCGAGAAACAGUCGCUGGUGAAGCUUGAACCAGGUCCAUAGCCUCGAAAAUCAUCGACAUGGUACCGGUCAUCUGUAUAACUUCACCCGAAGUCAAGCAGAGUUUUUUAUUGUCAUCUAAAACUGUGUUGAGAUUCUCAAUCCAUACUGCAUCGACAGGUCCGUCAAAGAUGAUCCAUUUUCUGGAUGAAUUUUCAUAAUUCGUACUGUAUUGCCGGAAUGCCACGGC